GGAUGUAGCGCACAGGACCGCACAGUCCUCCUCUCAGUGAUAAUAACAUGGCGCUGGCAGACACAUAGCAGUGCCCACUAUAAUAACAAUAUCCACAAUAAUAGACCAAAAUAAGCGACGGGACAUGUGAGCUCUUCGACCCCACGACAAGCAGGUUUGCCAGGGUUUUCCAGCAUGUUUGGGAAGAAGAAGAAACGGCUGGAGAUCUCAGCUCCGUCUAACUUUGAGCACCGGGUCCACACGGGCUUCGACCCGCGGGAACAGAAGUUCACCGGUCUGCCGCAGCAAUGGCAGAGCCUCCUGGCAGACACUGCAAACCGCCCUAAGCCCAUGGUGGACCCCUCCUACAUCACCCCCAUCCAGCUGGCUCCCAUGAAGAUAUCUCCCAAGAAUGUCCGGUCAUCCGAAACGCCGUUGCCCAAAACCAUUGUUCGAGGGAACCGGCCCCCCAAAGAUGCUUCCAUCAACGGCCUGCUGGAGGAUUUCGACAACAUCUCAGUAACACGAUCCAACUCCCUGCGUAAAGAGAGCCCACCGGGCCCCCACCAGGCUGGAGGCACCUCCAAACCCUCCGGCAGUGGUCACCCCAACGCCCCCGAGGAGAACGGAUUCAACCAUUACUACUCCCGCUACUCCUGUGACCUGGAUACUUCCAGCAGGGACUUCUCUCUUGACCCCGGCAAGCCAAGCUUCUCUAUAGAUGGGGACUGGGCCGCUGGGAGGCACUAUCGAUUCACCAAGCAGAAUGGUCACUCGUACCCCAUACGCAGCCCCUUCUACCCGGACGCCAUGCCCCAAAAAUCAGACUAUGGCAAGCUUCCCCCAGACUACCACACCUACUUGGAGAGUAAAGGGCGCUCAGCUGAUGAGGUGGCCUCCACGGUGGGGAGUGGUGUGGGCUCCAGUGGGUACUAUCGGGCGUCUGUGGGGGGCUCUUCUAGCCAGGACUACCGGGACACUUCAGUGGGCACGCCAUCUCGUGCCUCACUACACAGCGAGCAGAUCAAUUACCCAGACAGUGAGUGGAGCUACGGCGGCCUAAGGGACGAAUACGAGAAGCGGCCUAAGAGUUCCUAUGUGGCGCAGACUAGCCCCACGCCUGCUAUACGGCAGCGGUCUAGGUCAGGAUCUGGGCUGCAGGAGCCAAAUGUCCCCUAUGCUGCCAGUGGGGCUUUCAAGAACCCUGCACAAUCACAUCCUUACAGCUCCUACACCUACCCCCGCCUUUCAGAGAGUCUCGCUAACUCACAGACCUUAACCAAGGGUGAAUACGAGCGUCCUGCACGUGCCGGCAGUCCCCAGGUUACGGGUGGUGACACGUACCCCAGAGGGCCCCUAAAACAACCUCAGAGCCACAUGAAGCCGCCUGGCUACCCUCCAGCACACCUGCCAUAUCCUCCUGUCUUUCACCAUUACAAACCUUCACCCUACCAUCACCCCCCCUCCCAGCCCAGCCCACCAUACACCCCUCAGUUUCCUGUGUGUGUCUUAACACAGGGUGCGUACUCACAGCCUUCAUCACCCUACAUCCCCCCGGGGGCCUACCCGCCUCCUUCCUGGGGGUCCAGCUCCGACACACAGCCCUCCAGAGUCUCCCAUGAGCAGUUCAGGGCUGCUCUUCAGCUGGUGGUCAACCCAGGUGACCCUCGGGAAUACCUGGACAGCUUUAUCAAAAUCGGAGAGGGCUCCACGGGUAUUGUGUGCAUAGCCAGCGAGAAACACAGCGGCAAGCAGGUGGCUGUGAAGAAGAUGGACCUCAGGAAACAGCAGAGGAGAGAGCUGCUCUUUAAUGAGGUUGUGAUCAUGAGGGACUACCAUCACGAGAACGUGGUGGACAUGUACAACAGCUACCUGGUGGGGGACGAGCUGUGGGUCGUCAUGGAGUUCCUCGAGGGAGGGGCACUCACUGACAUUGUGACUCACACCAGGAUGAACGAGGAGCAGAUUGCUACAGUGUGUCUGUCGGUGCUGAGGGCUCUGUCCUACCUACACACACAGGGCGUCAUCCACCGAGACAUCAAGAGCGACUCCAUUCUCCUGACCAGCGAUGGCAGAAUCAAGCUAUCAGACUUCGGCUUUUGUGCCCAAGUUUCCAAAGAGGUGCCCAAGAGGAAGUCCCUGGUGGGCACGCCCUACUGGAUGGCCCCCGAGGUCAUCUCUAGACUGCCUUACGGGACUGAGGUGGACAUCUGGUCUUUAGGCAUCAUGGUUAUCGAGAUGGUGGACGGAGAGCCCCCCUACUUUAACGAACCCCCUCUGCAGGCCAUGAGGAGGAUACGAGACAACCUGCCCCCCCGGCUAAAAGAGUCCCACAAGGUGUCCUCGGUGCUGCGCUCCUUCCUGGACCUGAUGCUGGUGCGGGAGCCUUCGCAGAGAGCCACGGCCCAGGAGCUCCUCCAGCACCCCUUCCUCAAGAUGUCCGGACCCCCUUCCUGCAUCGUGCCCCUCAUGAGACACUAUCGCCACCGCUGAACUGCUGCUGGCCCCAAAACCUGCCCUAUUCUACACUAAAAAACACACACAUACACACACUAGCAGGGUGGCACUCACCCAGCUAUCCACCCCCAGCGCUCGGUGGCGCGUCACUAACACUCACACCUGUUACCGUGAAGUAGAUUAGCUAGAGGAAUAUUUGAGAAAUUACAUUUAAAAACAGACAAUGGAGAAAAGAAGUCUUGUUGAAACUGAACUGGAGUAGAAGAGUAACUCGCUGGACGUCCAGUAGACACGUGUGGGCUCACUCGCCCUGCUGCAGUCUUCUCUCUUCCUUCACUUUGAAGUCUGCAGCUCCAUGUAGAGUUGUAGAAGCCAUCAGCAAGAGCUUCAGAGGGCUGUGCUGAUCUGCUGACGUAGUGGAGGUCUCCGCUCCAGACCAGAGCAGUGGAGGGCAGAACAAUCAUCUGUGCCAGAGUGGGCUCUGACUGGUAAUGACUGUUGUACGGCUGCUGCUCAAACAGAGACCACCUCUCUCGUAUCGCUCCUCAUACACUAACAGUGAAAAUGUAUUUUAGAGAAACUUGUAAGUUUUUCUGUACAGUUUUGAUAAUUUGCAGUAUUUUAUCGUGUCGUAACCAUUGUGAUAUGAGCAGUAUUAAAUAGAGUUUCUGCAGAGAUCUUUCCUACUGUUUAUAAUCCAGUUUUUGCUUAAAGAUAUAAGAGAAACCCAAAUAAACCCACCUUAACUGUUACUAAAAAUACUAAAUAUAUUUAUUAUCUUACAUUUGUAGACAGAACUUCCAUUAAAUGUUGGAAAAAAGGGUAAUGACAGAAUUUUGUAUGACGUUUUGAAGUAUUUAUUUAUUAUUGGAAUUGAAGGUUUAUUUUUUUGGUAGUGUGGCCUUUUUGUUUGUUUUGUUAUGUUUCCUUGUUGGCUUUUUGAUUUACAUUUCUAAAAGUGCAUCGCAGACAGUGCUGUCAGUUGUUAUAUCAUCCAAGCAAUACCCCAAAUUUAUUUAUGAACCAUGAUGCCCUGUAUUUAUGAUACUGUAAUUACGCCAUGCAUUUAAAUGUAGCACAGAUGGAGUGGAUUUGACAAAAAAAAGAAGAUUUACUCCACGCAGACCUGUUUUCUUUUAUAUUAGGAGUCUCAUCCUGUUUCUGUAAAUGCUAAGAGGCGCCCAUCCAAGACGCCCGCCUCCCGCGCAGAUUUUCGGAUGCUGAUAAAAGGUCUCGUUUUCUACUCACAUCCUCACUGUCAUCAUCUCACUCCUUAUCCCACCUCAGUCAGACACACUACUCGCUAUCACUGGAACUGUGCUGCCAUUCUCAUCUCUGGUCAGGAGAACAGUGUAAUCCUCCUCCCGCAUCGUUUUUACCCAUCAUUCACUGUGAUAUGUAAAUAUGACUGUGUAUACGUGUGUGUGUGUGUGUGUAUCUCUGUAUGUAUGUCAAAGAGCAAAAGAGGUAGAGCGUGUUUAUCUCUGUACAACAUCUGAAAGUGUGUGCGUGUGUGUGCUGCUGGCUAAUCCUUGACAAAGUGUCAGGACUUGAAUGAGUAACACUUAUCUGUGGUGUUGGCUUGUACAGUGAUAUUGCAUGUUUGUUAUCAGUGAAGCUGGUUUCAAUUAAAAAAAACGCCCAUAAAAACAUU